AUGGCAGUCCCAGAAAUCAUCUCGUUCCUUUCGCAAAAAGUAAACCUCCCCCAGCUGCGGAAAAAUCCUUUAUUUUCAAUAGCUCUACUCAAAGUACUGGGCCAUUCUACAAAGGAGCUUCUCUUCAAUCUCCUGACCACAAAUCUCAACAUAAAGAAUUUAAACACAAGCGAUGACAAGCAAAACAAAGAAAUAAUAUCAAACCUGCGCAUACUGUACCUUUUGAAGCUGAUACAGAAGGAUAACGGAUUCAUUUUGCUUAACGACGAUUUCAGAUGCGGUUUUGUUUCUAGUAUGGAACUAGUUCGCGUUAGAAACUGUUUUGAGGCGAUGCAAUGUGUUAAUACAGCGAAUACGCUCUCGUUUGAUAACAUUUUGCGUAUGCUUGUCAACGACCGAAAUGCCUGGGUGAAUGAAGUUGUUCUUGAUGUGCUGCAAUAUGCUAAACUGAUAAACGUGAAAAAGGAGAUUACGCACUCCGGUUUUGAGUUUUUAUUGAAAAAUAGGAAGGAACAGAUGUGGUUUCUGAUUCUGAAUGGGAUAUUGAUGCUUGGAAAAAGCUAUGUGGACUGGUUGAUCAUGAUUGUGUUCGAAAUGGGGAUGUACGAGCGAUACCGCUGGCUCAAAGUUAACGAAGCGAAGAUUUUCUGUGAUGUCUGUGAACAUAGCAACAACACUGGUAGUGUAGGUGGUGGGGAAGAGGGCGACAUUCUUUUUCGUUUUUUAAAAUAUCUCUCUUAUCUUGGCAUAAUACAACACAGCAAUGACAUGGUAAAACCUACAGAAGAGUAUUUUCUCCUUUUUUCGUCCGCUUCCACCCAGGAUUCGUUUCUCGUUGUUGAAACAAACUACAAAUUGUAUGCUUACACUACGUCUUCACACGAGCUGAGCAUUAUCAAGCUCUUUUGCCAGAUCAUACGAGAGCUCCCAAACUUGGUGGUAGCACACAUAACGGAGGAGAGUGUUAACGCUGCGUUCGUGAAAGGAAUAACGGGCCAACAAAUUGUUGAUUAUUUGAAUGAAAAAAGCAGAUCUGAACUACCUGUUGUUGUUCUUGAACAAAUAUUAAUAUGGGAAAGGAAGCGGGACCGGAUGAAAUGUAUGGAUGCGGUGAUCUAUUCGCAUUUUAUGACCUAUGGAGAAUACGAAAUUACGUAUAAAUAUUGCAAGGAGAAAGGCGCUCUGGUUGAUUAUGAUGAGUUUAGAAGAUUGCUCGUUGUCAAGUUGGAAUACCACAACGAUGUCAAGAAUUUCAUCAAGAGCAAUAUAAAGUAGGAGCGCUUUUGUAGUGAAUAUGAGCGUGCACAUCUACCAUUGUCGUAUUUUGAUGCUUGGUAGGUUUUAAGUUAUUCCAUAAUAUGGGCUGUUACAGCAUAUAAAUAUUUAAAAUUUUACCAGUAUUCCCA